AUGGUGCUUAUCAAGGAAUAGUCAGGUAGUGAGGUAUCACAAUGGCAUCCGGGAAUGCUGCCUCACAUUACUGUGGUUGUCAGGGUGAGGCGGGAGUGCUGCCUUACAUUACUGUGGUUGUCCGGGUGAGGGGGGAGAAUGCUGCCUCACAUCACUGGUUGUCAGGCCGUGUGAUCCUACCGAUCUCUGUGCAAGAGUACCAAGUUGGUCAGCUGUUCACCGUAGCAGAGGCCAGUAAGAAUGAGACUGGGGGAGGAGAAGGCAUUGAGGUGCUGAUAAAUGAACCCUACGAGGAAGAGGGAGAGAAGGGACAGUACACGCAUAAAGUUUACCAUCUUAAGAGUAAAGUCCCAGGCUGGUUGAGGUAUAUUGCACCAGAGGGCGCGUUAGUCUUCCAUGAAAAAGCCUGGAACGCCUACCCAUACUGUCGCACCGUUAUAACGAACGAGUAUAUGAAAGAUGACUUCCUGAUAAAGAUUGAGACGUGGCACAAACCUGACAUGGGAACUCUAGAAAACGUGCAUGACUUGGAUGGUCCUACGUGGAAGACAGUGGAGGUGAUUCCCAUCGACAUCGCAGACAAAGAUGUGGUGGCCCAUGGGGAUUAUAAAGCAGAGGAGGAUCCUGCUCUGUUCAAAUCGACAAAGACCGGCAGAGGACCGCUCUCACCUGAAUGGAAGAACGAUCUGAUGAACAAGAUAGACUGUCCUAAGAUGUGUGCCUACAAACUGGUCACUGUCAAGUUCAAGUGGUGGGGCCUUCAGACCAAAGUAGAGAACUUUAUCCAGAAGCAAGAGAAGCGUAUCUUCACUAACUUCCAUCGCCAGUUGUUCUGUUGGAUCGACAACUGGGUGGAGCUGACCAUGGCAGACAUCCGACGAAUGGAGGAGGAGACCAAGAAAGAGCUGGAAGAGAUGCGUGAGAAGGGCACCGUUAGAGGAACCUCGGCAACGGAAGAGUAACCCCGCCCCAUCUAGGUCAAAGGUCAGAGGCAGGCUGACUGCGUAAGUCAGGUCAGGUUCGAGGCAUGAGUGCGGCUCACGAGCAGUGAGGUCGACCAACCAAACCCUUCUAUGAUGAUGAUAUCACCAAGCCCACAGAGAAGAGGAAGUCAGCUGCUCUACUUCCUGUCUCCCAUGAUUCAUAGGGGGGUUUGUCCUGAUUGGUCAAUAGUACUGUACCGACCCCCAAUCACACGCCUCCUAUUCACGUAGACUAACAAAAGCCGUUUUGCAUUUAAAAAAGAAAAAAUUAAGGGAAAAAACUAUUUGCACAGAAAGUAAAUUUAAAUUGCCUGUAAAUAUAGUUAGUUAAUUAUGAGACGGGCUUCAUUUGUAUUCAGAUACACAAAGCCAAGCCUUUUAAUCAGACUAGAAUUUUAUGUUAUUUUACAGUCCUCUGUAUAUGUUAUAAUUUCCCCCUAAAUUGGAAUAAGAUCACUUAUUUAGCAGGUAUUGGACCAAUUUAGUUUUUGUUACAUGUAUUUUGUUCCCUGUUGUAUACUGUAUCUGUCAUGGCUCUAGUUGGCUUCAUCCUUUUGUCUUUCCCCACCCUCGAGACUAAGAUCUGUAUCAACCCUUAUCUGAGUUGUAGUGGUCUGCAGACUUGAAAUGUGUUCUAUUCCAUAUAGUGCACUACUUUUGGCCAGAUCUCUGGGUCUGACUAGGGUGCCAUUUGGGAAAUCGAUUUAGCACUUCAACCCCUGGUCUUGGUCCUGUCUGACAGGUGGCUGGGGGAUGGUUGUUGUUUUUGUGAUUAUUUGAUUUGACCCUGUCCAAGCCAGUUGCUAUCUCUUGUAGAACGUUGAGUGGUUUGGCAUACAAAUGUACGAUUCCUGCCCUCUUUGACUGAUUUGUUGCUUGUUUGUUUGUUUUGUUGUUGCAUUACUGUCCUUUUGAUCCGGUGUGUUUUCCUUUUUAAUGUGUUAAGGUUUUAAACAUUUCGUCCAUUGUUUGCCCCAAGAGAGUGUUUGCUGAGUCCAUCCAUUUCGGAGCUGCUAGAACAGCUGUAGCUAGUACCUGUAGUUCAGGUAUCAUUCUACUCGGAUGAUGUAGAACAGAUGGAAUUAAACCCUCAUGCCCCUUUGCUUUCUGCUUCCCUGUGGUUACGUCGCGUGUUAAUGACAUAUAAUAAUAAUAAUAAUAAUAAUAUGCCAUUUAGCAGACGCUUUUAUCCAAAGCGACUUAGUCAUGUGCGC